CUUAUUUAUAAAAGUCGUCCCCUUUGAAUCACGUCUACACUUUCUUGUCCAACCUGUCAGACUCAGCCAUGCUGAUCUCUGCACCUCUACCUCUCACGGUCCCCUCGGAGCCCGUUCAUGUCUAAAGACUGCGCCUUGUAACACUCUCACAACGAUCCUACCUCCGAAUCAUCCGUCCCUGGAAUUACAAUGACACAACCUGUCUUCAUCACACAAUCACAAAAGUCAAUCACACAGGUAAACUCAGUGAACAUAACCCCAUUUUAUUCAGCAAUUCCACCCUAUAAAAAUACCCAUGCCUUCGUGUCCAACUGUAGGCUUCCCUUGAAGUACACGUCUCAAUUGACGCCUACCGAGGACAGCAACCCAGCUGCUCAUAAACUCCAAUGUGCCUCGAAGCACAAAACCAGACAAAGAAAAAACAUCCCAAAGCCCACCAUUAGAAUAAUGAACCUAACAAAAGCCGCCGGGGCUUCUCCCCAACUUUCGACGUGAUACAAAGAAAACAAGCUAUCGAAAAUAUUAAACACCACCAUCUGUGCUUUUACAAAGACAAUGUGUAUGCAGAUUAAGUCCAAGACAAGCGUGUGGUGGUCAGGCAACGCUGGUCAGGGAAAAUGAAGCCGAAUGACAGGGUCGUCGGUUGCAAAGUGUUGAACAAGACCACCCAAGAAAUAAACAAGUCGCGGUAAAUGAUUUAAAAUGAAAGUACUUCAACGCGGGAAAGAGUUAUACGAUCGCUGUGUUGUGCCCGACAUACAUGACCGAUGUCAAAGAAGUGUAUCGUCAUGCAAGUUCAUUCAUGGCCGUAGUGGGGAGGAGAAUCGACCAAACUGACACCAUCGGUAUCAAUACUGCUUUGGUAGAAUUGAGAAGAUGGCAAGGAAAGUCGCCUAUAUGAAGCUGGCGGAAAACAAGAAAAGGAAAUCCCAAUGGUAUAAUUUGCCCAAACGCCCUGGUAUGAUUGACAUACUACAAAACACCACCAACACCUGUACCCGCCCUAUACUCUUUUAGUUUCCUUGGUGAGCUUGGGGCAUUGCCUCGGGGGAUAGGCUUGACGGGUCAACUGCGUCAAACUGCACGAGCUGAUCCAUGUCGAGGUCUGCUUGUUGGUGUUGCACGAAACCAGGCGAGGUUGUGUGCAUGGGCAGGUUGAUGGUGUGCUUGGAGUACAUCUCAUUCAGGCUCGCUCCGUCCUCCGAAACAGCACAAGAUCCGUCGUUCAUGGGAUACAAAUCAGCUGAGCCAGGGCGGCCCAUCAUUGACAUGGGAGGCGACUGCUCUAGGAUGGAAGGCUCGCCAGGGCUGUUGAAUGGGAGAGGAGAAACAGAAGUGGGAACACCUGUGUCGGGGUUAACCAUUGGUGACAGGAAACCAUGGCUAUAAGGUGUGUUGUAGCUUGACUGAGGAACCUCGGGACCAGGGGGGAAGAAGCCUGGGCUGGGAGGAAACUCGGCAGGAGAAGCAGUGGUGGCAGACAUGGGGUAUUGACGCAUGUCCAGGCCGAAUCCUGCCUGAGUAUCAAUGCGCAGAUUAGGAGCCAUGUUUCCAGGAGGCUGAGGAAUAGGCGCAAAGAUGUGAGGGUUGUGCUGGGGAGGAGGAGGAGGCAUCUCUCCAGGAGGUUGGAUGUAGAAGGAAGGCAUCGGCUGAUUCUGGAACAUGGCGAAAUCAACAGGUCCAGGAACUGAUCGCGAACGUUGACGCUUGUGGCCAGGUCCAGGACGCAUGCCAGAGUGCAUCUGGUGAAUACCCCACUGCUCCUGGUACAUGCCGACAUGGGGUUGAAAGCUGGGCUGAGAUGAGGGUCGGGCGGUCGGUGAGACAGGAGCCGAGACGGAGAGGACGUGAGGGUCGUUGUAGGGGUGAGGGUUGUGACGGUUCAUGAAGGACUCGAGAGAAACUAGCUUGGCGAGCUGGCCACUGAGAACCUUGGGGUUUCCACCGAGGUGGUGGACCAAGCACUGGGUAGCCUGGAGAUCCUCUGUGAAAUCACCACACUGGAAGAAUCCGUUGGUGGUGGGAGAUGAGUCCAUGAAAAAGUUGGGGGGCCUGUUCAACUCAAUGACAAUCCCUCCAAGCUUAGUUGGGUCUCCUUCGCCAUUCUCGAGGAAAAUGUUCUUGAUGGAAGAGAAGGGGUACUCGAUCUUGUAGCCAGCCUGCUCGUUGUUGAUGUAGUAGGUCAUGGUGCACUUGUCGGGUGAGUAGAAAAUGAUGAGAUCCAUCGUGUUUUGUCCAACUCGAGUCCACUUUCCAAUGCUGAGGGAUCGGCAGGUAAGAUGAUGAAUCACUGCUGUUCAGUUAAUACACCGUUUACGUGGCGGGUCGAAAUACUCACAAACUUUGCCCUGACCUCCCUGAUCGCCACCGAGCAUCAUGUUACCAUGACCAAAGGGGAGCAGUCCAGUACGGCCGAGAUAACUUCCGCCGAGACCCUUGCCAGAUUCCAUGGCCUGCAUAGCGAGAUAAGCUCGCAUUGACUCGGGAAUUGAGUCGAUGUCUUCGCCAGUUUCCAGACUCUUCUUGGCCAGCAGCUUAAUCUUUGCUCGUCUACUACUGUCAGCGAAAUUCUACAAGUCUCAUUCCUUCACAUACCUGUUCUGGAACCAAAUCUGAACAGACCUUUCGGUCAUGUUGAUUUCCUCGGCAAUUCUCUCACGGACGGUGGCAGUGGGUGUGGGGUUGUUGUUGAAUUCCAUCUCCAACGUCGUCAAUUGAUCCUGUGUAGCACGCUGUCGCUUCUGGUUCUUUUGCUGUUGGGUGAGAGUGCUCUUGCGGGGAGGUCGUCGGGAAGCAUUGUUGGCGGCUGAGGCAGAGGGAGAUGGUGUCUCUUUUUUCAUGGAGGCUGAGACAGGGGUCGGGACAGAUGGUGAAGAUGUUGAGUUGGGUGUGGUGACCUCGGGGACAUUGCCCAAGGCCAUGGGGUGUUCAAUCUCCGUGGCCAUUGCUAAAAAGUAGAUCGCGGGAUGCGAUCACUAGAUGCAGGUUGAAAUUAUAAAAUAAAAUGAAACUGGUCGAAAUCGGAUGCUGUGAAGCGGUUGUCGUCGAUUAUACUUGAAGCAGACGC